AUGAUCCGCUCUACCUUCACCCGUUCUCAUCUACCUCCCAUCAUUCGUCGCUAUAGUAAAUCAGCAAUAAUGUCAUUGAAGGCAAUUUCAGCCAAAGAUGCCGCGUCACUUGACAAAGACCUCAUGGAGACCGGCGGGUGGUCUCUAGACCAGUUGAUGGAGCUAGCUGGCCUUUCUGUCUCGCAAGCCGGAGGAGAUGGCCUCGUAGCCGCUCGACACCUAGCCCACUUUGGCUACACACCAUCGGUGUACUACCCAAAACAAGGUAAAAACGAGCUCUACCAACGCCUCAAAAUCCAGCUCCAAAACCUCUCGAUCCCCUUCAUAGAUGACUUCCAACCAGCACUCAAGACAACAGACCUCCUCGUUGACGCUAUCUUCGGCUUCUCCUUUGGUGGGCCAUUGCGUGAUCCUUUCGGCGGCAUCGUUUCGCAAAUCGAAUCCUCCAAUGUCAAGGUGCUGAGUGUUGAUGCGCCCAGCUCGUGGGAUAUCCAGAGCGGACCGCCGAAGGAAGGACCCGGUGCGAAGUUUAUGCCGCAUGCGCUGAUCAGUCUAACUGCACCCAAGCCAUGUGUGGCCUUUUACCGCGGCAGGCAUUUUAUUGGUGGUAGGUUUUUGACCAAGAACAUUGCGGAUAAGUAUGGACUUGAUAUGCCCAAAUAUCAGGGUGUUGAUCAAGUUUUGGAGAUUGGUGUUGAUGCAGAGGGGAGGUUGUAA